GGCCCCCCGGUCGCCGAUUCGCGAGGCGGCCAGUGGGCGGCUGGGCGGAGCCGCACCCCUCGGACACCCGCCGGGGCACCUGGCUCCAGAGUGGGCUCCCGGGCUGCCAUGGCGCGUCCCGUGAAGGUGAAGACCUGGUUGGAGGAGAACCGAGCCUCCUUCCUGCCCCCGGUCUGCAACAAGCUCCUGCACCAGAAGCAGCUCAAAGUCAUGUUCGUCGGGGGCCCCAACGUCAGGAAGGACUACCACAUCGAGGAGGGUGAGGAGGUGUUUUACCAGCUAGAGGGCGACAUGGUUCUCCAAGUCCUGGAGCGAGGGAAACACCGGGCCGUGACCAUUCGGCAGGGAGAGAUAUUCCUCCUGCCCGCUGGGGUACCCCACUCUCCACAGAGGUUUGCCAACACCAUGGGACUGGUCAUCGAACGGAGGCGGCUGAAAACGGAGCUAGAUGGGCUCAGGUAAAUGGGCCUUGUCCGGACAUCCGGGGAAGAGACAGGGGGCAAGCAGCCGCAAGUGUGGACUUUACAGAUAAGAAGACUGGGCACAGGGAGGUUGAGUUUGCUAGAAGGCAGCCGAGCUGGCGCUGUAGAGAAAUAGGAAAUUAGGGUCAGGAUGGUCUAGAUAGGAGUGUGAGUCAGCACCGAGGAGGGGACAAACACUGGUGCCACGUGGGGGGGCGGCGACUCUUUCCAGAGCUGAGCUCCCAGUGGGCUGCAAUCUGUCACCCACUUAUUAUCUGAUGCAGCCUGUGGCUCCGAGGGACACAGAUUUUUCCAAAAGCGAAACUAUUUUUUGUAUUUUUUAAUAAAAUUAAAAUUUCUCAACAAGUUCCUGAGAUCAGGAUACUUUGCCCCCAUCUCCUGUUACAAUGGAUUAUUUUUUAACGCUUCCCCUUUCUGUAAUCAGCAAAGUCAUACACGUUCAGUCUUGAAGUCAGGAAAAGUAAAAGAAAGCAAAUAAAGUUAAAACUAUGUCAGGAAGAGGGAAAAUGUUAUGGAAUGUGAAUGACGUCUCAAUAAAAUGAAAUGAACAAUAAUAAAGAGAAAACCAAAAAAACCCUGUCAUCUUACCAGUUAAACCUAACAAAGCUUAUUAACCUUCCAUCUUGCCUCUUUUCUGUGCAUAUCUACACCUUACAGCAUUGAAGUCUUAGCAAACAUGGGGUUGAAUUUUGAUUUUUUUUACUUAAAAAACUCCUGAGCAUUCCUUAUACU